AGUGGCAAUAACCGGCCAAUCAAGCAGACCCCUAUGACGUUUGUUCAUGAUGAGAUCACUGCCCUUCAUGAGAGAUUCUCAAGUACUAUAAAUCGCCCAAUUUCGAUCAAAGACAUAGAUACUUCAUCAUUGUUAUCUACUCAACUCAAGUUGAACAUUUAGAACAAUAAUACAACCUAUCUAUUCUCUCAAAUCACACACAUUAUAAUACAUAUACAAAAUGUCCCAAAACCGUCUCCCAGGCUCCACCCGCGGCGGCGCCAGCUCCCAACCCACACCAGCCAACAACUCCGGCGGAGGCAGCGGCUGGGGCGACGAGGGCUUUUCCAAGGGAGGAGGUCGAGGAACAGCGAACCAGACAUCGUCGGACGAUGGGGUUCCUUCCGACAUCCUCACCACACCCGCCCUGCAAGGCAUCUCGCAGCAAAAGCAAGCCGCCGAGCAAAAGUUCAUGAGUCGGUGGGAUGAAGGACAUGAUGAGCGGGAGGGAACUUGUGCUACGGAAGAUCAUAGCUUCAUGGGCACGAAGCCUGGUGGGUCGGAUGCGUUGCCCGGUUGGAAUGUGCUGAAGGAUAAGUUGGGAUUUCUUUAUCCGGAGUAAAUUGGGUUUAAUCUCGGUUGAUUUGGAUGGUUGGGUUUGAUGCUUAAAUGAAUGAACGAAUAUUAUUGAAUGGGAUUCUUAUUGGGGAUUUGAGAGUAGAUUGCGGAGUUGUUUGGAG